AGGCCCUUCCCUUGUUGACUGAGUGAUGUUGACACUCUCUGUUCCACCACCGCAGGAGUGUCCUGCUGGUAAUACUCUGCACAGGGAGCUAGAUAAGGUCUGCCAAGUUCACCGUGGCCCUGAAGGCUGCUGAGGGAGAGACUUGUUGCAGCCAUGCGUCCCCCUCACUCCAGGCUCCAUGCUGCUGGCAGAUCAGGCACUGUCAAGGUCAGUCUGCUGUAGAAAUCCAGGGGCUAUGGCUCGUCCGUUGGGUGGGAUGGGAACUCCCGCUGGGUGGAUGAACGUAGCCGGUCAUGUGAUCUCCCACUCCCCAAAGAAUUGAAGAAAAGUUGCUGCAAUGGCACUGACAUCUGGUUUGGCCUCUUUAAAUAGGCACCAGCAGCGGUGUCAGGAGUGAGGGGCAUGGGUGGAGCUGCAUGUGGGGAGCCCAGCGUGAGGAUAGCAGGAGGCUGUGGGUCAGGAUUAUGGGGCACUGGCUGAGCUGCGGGUGGGGGGAACCCAGGGCUGGUACAGCAGGGUGGGGACUGCAGGUUGUGACCGAGGAGCUGUGUGAGGAGCCCAUGGGGCAGGGGAUUUGUUUGUUCUAAGGGUUCCUCUCUCCCCUUCCCUGUGGUCUUAGAGUUGAGCUAGGUUAGGUGGGUUUUACUCUGCACAGAGGGGUCUUUCCCGACUCCUAGUCCAGGGCCCAAGUGCUGAGGUGCCUGAAAGGCUAAGUUAGAAACUCCAGGGGAAGGGGAGGGUCAGGGGCUCUGUCCCGCCCUGGCUUUGGGAUUGUGCGUCAGAAAGCUGCCCCUUCUCUGGGAAGGGGAACAGUAGCUGAGUUUGUCCUCCCAAUUUCCUGGCCGCUCUGUGGGCCUGAGCCUAUGAAAGCUCCUUUCAUGCCUGGUGAGUGCUGCCGAGCUCUGGCUCUGUGGUGCUACCUGUAACACUAGCCACCCUGUUGGAGAGGGGAGGGACCUGGUGCGUGGAACUGUCUGGCGGGGCCUGCUAGCUAAAGGGAUAGAGCGAGCCAUUGUCCGGCUGCACCCUCCCUUUCGCUUUGGGCCUGGGAUACCAGAGCUGUUACUCCUCCCACGGGGGCUUGGAGGGGGCCAAGGAGGUAUCAGCAGACACCACCCAACUACCAAACCGUUUAUCACUCACCCUCUCUGAAAUCUCCCCAGCCCUAGGGAUUAUCAGUGGUGGAGGCUGGCCUUAGCUCUCUCCCUGGCUGACCCCUCCUGCUAUCCUCAGCACAGGUGUUGGUCCAAGUAUCAGGUGGGAGGGAUAUACCCUGUCUGCUAGCCCCGACCCCACUCCUGCAGUUCAAUGUAGUUUAAAUCUGACCUCAGUGAAGCAGGGGGCACGUCUCCUGCUGGCCCCACCCCAGUGCCCAAGGUACCAUGGCCACUGUGAUCAAUAAGGAUUUAAUUCUGAAUGAGGACAAUUCAGACAAGUUAGGUGGGGGGGUGUAUGUAGUUUCACCCCAGAUGCCUACGGUUGGGCCCAGGGGUUAACGUACAAGAACCCCGUGUGUGUGUCCCUUGCUGCAGGAGAUGCUAAUGAGGGGAGCAGAGGUGGGAUUUCUGUGGGAUGGUGCUAAGUCAGUGAUGCCCUCAAUGUCGCUAGCAAGAACCCAGUCUGCACAGAAAUGUUCUCGGGCCCCUCUUCCUUAGGGACACCAGGGUUAUCGAACUGUUUCCCUGCUAUGUCAGCACCCAGCUGUUGCAGCAUGUGAUAAUGUGAACCAGACAGCCCCAGAGAGGAGCAGCGGUUUGAACUUCUCUGGGCUGAGAGUUUCUGUAUUGUUAGUCACACGAGGGAGGGAAUUUUCUGCGCAAAUUGCGGUGUCUGUCUUGACAAGGUCCUUAGAGUUUGGGUGUCCCUUUCUCAAGGCUGUUUGGGGAAGGGAAAUGCCCCCGAGGCCUUUCCCUGAGAGGGAAAGGAGGGGUUGUAGGUGGUGGGAUGUCAAAGGCAACUUUCUUUCCUGUCUUUAAGGCCCUGUUACUGAUAUAGACUCUAGGCUGCUAUAGGUUAAAUUUAUAUCCAUGAUCCCCAUAGCCCUGAUACUGAGGGUCCUCAAUGGAGGCUCCCUUUAGGACCCAUCAAUGCGCCUUUGUUAUAAUGAACACUUUACCCUUCUCUGGCCCCUUCCAUGAGAGGACCCCGCAGCACUUGAGACAUUAAUUCAGCCUCGCAGCCCCCGUGGGAGGAUACUAUCAUCAUCCCUAUUUUACAACCAGGUUGUGCCUGGCUGUCAUGCUGGCUGCUCUCCCCACCAUGGCUGCCAAUGAAGUGGUAUCGGCCGCCCUACAGGACUCGUGGGGGGACUUCUGGCUCUUCCGUUUCUUCCUUAAUGCUGCGGGCUAUGCGAGCAUCAUGGUGCCAGGGUUUCUGCUCAUCCAGUACUUCAAGAGAAAGAAUUACCUGGAGACAGGCCGCGGCAUUUGCUUCCCCGUCAUCAAGUCGUGUGUCUUUGGCAGCGAGGCCAAGUCCGCACACCCAGAUGACAUCUCCCUGGCGGCUCGGAAUGAGACCAUGGAGUCCUCGACGGCCCAGCAGAUCCUCAAGCUGCUCUUCUGUGCUGCUGGCCUUCAGGCUUCCUACCUGACGUGGGGCGUCCUCCAGGAGCGGGUCAUGACCCGAACAUAUGGGGCCACCGAGACAGAUCCUGGUGAGAAGUUCAAAGAUUCCCAGUUCCUCGUCUUCAUGAACCGGAUCCUGGCCUUCACCGUAGCCGGCCUGUACUGUGCCCUGACCAAGCAGCCGCGCCACGGCGCCCCCAUGUACAAGUAUUCCUUUGCCUCGCUCUCCAACAUCCUCAGCAGCUGGUGCCAAUAUGAGGCACUCAAGUACAUCAGCUUCCCUACCCAGGUGCUGGCCAAGGCCUCCAAGGUGAUCCCGGUCAUGCUGAUGGGCAAGCUGGUGUCGCGCAAGAGCUACGAGUACUGGGAGUACCUGACGGCGGUGCUUAUCUCGGUGGGGGUCAGCAUGUUCCUGCUCUCCAGCGCCCCCACCAAGCACCUCUCCACCGUCACCACCUUCUCAGGGGUGGUCCUCCUGGCCGGCUACAUCGUCUUCGACAGCUUCACCUCCAACUGGCAGGACGCCCUCUUCACCUACAAGAUGUCCCCGGUGCAGAUGAUGUUUGGGGUGAACGUCUUCUCCUGCCUCUUCACGAUGGGCUCGCUGCUGGAGCAGGGCGCCCUGCUGGAGUCGGCCCGCUUCAUGGCCCGCCACUCCGAGUUCGCAGCCCACGCCGUGCUGCUGUCCAUCUGCUCCGCCUUUGGCCAGCUCUUCAUCUUCUACACCAUCAAUCAGUUUGGGGCGGCCGUCUUCACCAUCAUCAUGACGCUGCGCCAGGCUUUUGCCAUCCUGCUCUCCUGCCUCAUCUACGGGCACGCCAUCACCGUGGUGGGCGGGCUGGGCGUGGCCGUGGUCUUUAUGGCUCUCUUCCUGCGCGUCUAUGCCCGCAGCCGCAUGAAGAAGCAUAGCAAGAAGCUGCCCGUCGGCGAGGUCCCAGUGCAGAAGGUUUAGGGGCCAUGGGACAGACCAUGCCCUCCUCCCCUCUCCCACUGCAGGGCACUUGCUUUAUUUCUGUUCUCUUUGUGAACCUAUUGAGGAGAGGAGGAGAAACAAUGACUCCCUUUGCCAACUGCUUUUCCUGGACAAGGAGCUGGAGUGGGCUUGGAGGAAGUGAGGUGCUUUCCGGGCCUCCACCACACCUUUCUCCUGUUGCCUUAAUAGGUCUGAGUAUUUCACUUCCCUGAGAUCACCCCAGGAACGGAGCAGGGGGCAGGUCUAGUUCCCAGGAGUGCAGUGGGGUUAACUCCUGCCCUAGCUCCAUCUGGUACUCGGGGCUUCUCUUGAAGAUUAUUUAUGAACAAGGGAGCUUUAUUCCCUGGCACUUUCUUGUCUCCAGCUUCACUCCCCAUUUCUUUCCUCACUACAGAGCCGAUAGUAAGAGAACGGCAAGAAAACACUAUCAUUUUUCUUUACAAAUACGUAUGAUUGAGAGAGAAGCUCCAGUCUCAGCCUGCCCCAGCAGCAGGUGGUGUAGGGAGCGGGGCAGGAGCGCUGGCUGGACGGGGGGGCAGCUCUCAGCUACAUCAGUCCCUGCCUUUCCCAGCAGGAGGCGCUGUUGGGAACGGGGCAGGAGCAUGGGGCCUCCCUAGCCACAUCCCAUUACCAGGGCUGGUAAAAGAGCUGCUGCGUAGCAGUCUGAAUUUGUGGCAGGUGCCUCUUGAACAGUAGCCUUGUCCUUGCUGGCUUGGCAGGUCGCGCUCUACGCUGUCCCUGCUGGGAGCCUUCUCCAUUUCUGUCUCCUGGCCUGGCCCUUCUGCUCCAUUCCGUUCGCGUUUUGUGCUGCUUUUCCUUUCUUGUUUACGUUUACUCUUGUCAUAGGUUUGAACUAGAACUCCCAGGAUCCCCUAAGGGCUCUUUCUGCUCUCUGGCUUCGGGGAUUCGUAAUUGGCUCCUGCCCUUUAGAAAAGCACAAAGAUCCCCUUCCUGGGAUAUCCCUCCUUGUUUCUCCUUUUUCCUGCCAGCAGGAGGUGCUAGCACCAGCCCACUCAGCAGCCUAGCUAGGGCUUUGUGGUACGCAGCGGUCCCGGAGACAGGACAAAGCCCAGCCCAGGUUCCUUUUCCCUGCACGUGGCUGCUCUCAAUCCUGGAUGCAGGGAGCCACUUGCCCUGGCUCCACCUCGGGAACCUGGGUUUGACCCAGUAACGGUUUUGUUUCCAAACAGACCAGGCCUCCCCCAUCUGCUAGGGGAAUGGUUUGGGUACUUUUAAAAUGCAAGUUGGUCUCUUUUUAUUUUAUUAAAUUAAAAAGCUGCU